UAAGUGAACAGUGGCGUUGCUUAUCUCGUGCUGUCCUUCUCACGCCCUACGCAUUGCUCCUCACUGAUGUCGGCGGCUGCCUUCACCCCUUCUGCAGCUUCCGUCCCCCUCUCCAAGUCGCUGAAACCGGCGGCGCCCAAAACCCUAGGUUUUGGAUCUUCCUUAUCGGCCUUCAAGUGCCUGAGGCGUCUCCUCCCUCGGCUCGACAUGGACGCCGCGGCCGGAAGCGGCACUGCCCUCGCGGCCCGGAUGGUAUCUUCCGUGCCUUCCAUCGGCAGGUCAGCCCCCUCCCUCGACUUUGAGACCUCGGUGUUCAAGAAGGAGAAGGUCACCCUUGCCGGCCACGAUGAGUAUAUUGUUAGAGGUGGAAGAGAUCUGUUCCCCUUGUUGCCGGAUGCGUUCAAGGGGAUCAAGCAGAUUGGUGUGAUCGGCUGGGGGUCUCAGGGUCCAGCCCAAGCACAGAAUUUGAGGGAUUCACUUGCUGCCACAAAGUCAGACAUUGUAGUAAAGAUUGGUUUGAGAAAAGGUUCUAGUUCUUUUGAUGAAGCACGUGCUGUUGGAUUCACUGAAGAAAAUGGGACUUUGGGUGAUAUCUGGGAAACAAUUUCAGGCAGUGAUCUUCUGCUGUUGUUGAUUUCUGAUGCCGCACAGGCUGACAACUAUGAGAAAGUACUGUCUCACAUGAAGCCAAACAGCAUCCUGGGCCUCUCCCAUGGCUUUCUUCUUGGACACUUGCAGUCCGUUGGUCUUGAUUUUCCAAAAGACAUCAGUGUAAUUGCUGUAUGCCCCAAGGGAAUGGGCCCAUCUGUUAGAAGGUUGUAUGUCCAGGGGAAAGAGAUCAACGGUGCAGGGAUCAAUUCUAGUUUUGCUGUACACCAGGAUGUUGAUGGCAGAGCUACAGAUGUUGCUCUGGGGUGGUCAGUUGCUUUAGGCUCCCCUUUCACCUUUGCUACUACACUGGAGCAGGAAUACAAGAGUGACAUUUUUGGGGAGCGCGGUAUUUUACUUGGUGCUGUGCAUGGAAUUGUGGAGGCAUUAUUUAGAAGAUACACUGAGAAUGGAAUGAGCGAAGAACUGGCUUACAAAAACACUGUAGAAUGUAUCACAGGAAUAAUAUCAAAAACCAUUUCGACAAAGGGUAUGCUUGCUGUGUACAAUGCUCUGUCAGAAGAGGGGAAGAAAGAAUUUAAUGCUGCAUACAGUGCAUCCUACUAUCCUUGCAUGGACAUAUUGUAUGAGUGCUAUGAGGAUGUUGCCUGUGGCAGUGAAAUUCGCAGCGUCGUACUAGCUGGACGGCGCUUUUAUGAAAAGGAUGGUCUCCCCGCUUUCCCCAUGGGUAAAAUCGAUCAAACACGUAUGUGGAAGGUUGGUGAGCAAGUUCGUGCUGUUCGGCCUGAAGGCGACUUGGGUCCUUUGCAUCCGUUUACUGCAGGAGUUUAUGUGGCUCUGAUGAUGGCACAGAUUGAGGUCCUAAGGAAGAAGGGACACUCUUAUUCUGAGAUCAUCAAUGAGAGUGUCAUAGAGUCUGUUGAUUCACUGAACCCUUUUAUGCAUGCUCGCGGGGUAUCAUUUAUGGUGGAUAACUGUUCCACGACUGCACGUCUGGGAUCCAGAAAAUGGGCUCCACGGUUUGAUUACAUCCUCACGCAGCAGGCUUUUGUUACUGUCGACAAAGAGAGCCCCCUUAAUCAGGACCUCAUCAGCAACUUCUUAUCUGAUCCGGUCCACGGUGCGAUCGAGGUUUGUGCACAACUGAGGCCAACUGUUGACAUCUCAGUUCCACCUGAUGCUGAUUUUGUCCGCCCGGAAUUGCGACAGACAAGCAAUUGAGAUGUAAGAAGUUUCGAUGCGUAACAUCUCUCGGAUGUUUGAGGCUAAAUCUUUGGAAAAUCUUCCCAAAUAUGCAGUUCCAACGCUUAUGGAGAAAUUAUGAUUCGAGAUCGCCUAGUAUGUGGUUGUAGUGAAGUAGUUUGACAUUUGUGUUUCCAACUUUGAAUAACAGUGGUUGUGUACUGCAAGAGCUUGAUCUAACUCUUUUAAGUGUUUGGCUA